AUGGCGGCGACGCCAGAGGUGCAGCAGCAAAACUCCGACACCCUCAGCUCCCACAUCGCUCUUCAGGAAUGGGUGACCCAGCACGGGGGCCAUCUCAAUGAGCACGUCCAAUUCGCCAGGGAUGACAGCAGCGGCGUGCAUAUCCAAGUGAAGCCAGAAUGGACCGCUGGCGUGCCGCGCGCCACCUGCGUGAUCAAGACUCCCCUGGCACUGACCAUGUCCUACUUUGACGCCAUUGACUACAGUCCUUCUUCUUCGACCGCAGAAGGAGAAGAAAAGCUGUUCUCUUCCCGUGGAGUCGUCUUCCCGCGGCAGUUCAUUGAUGCCGUCGGUCCGGAGGAGACGACGGCGUUCUUUCUCAUGGGCCAGUUCCUCAAGGGACCAGAUGGGUUCUGGUAUCCGUAUAUCCGGACGCUGCCCCGGCCAGACGAGCUGACGACGCCGCUGUACUAUGACAACGAGGACCUGAUAUGGCUGAACAUGACCAGCCUGGCCGCAGCUCGGCAGCAGAGGCUCCAGGUCUGGAGGACCAACUACGAGACCGGGUUCAAGGCGCUGAAGGAGUCGGGGUUUGAGGAUGCGGAUCACUAUACUUGGGAACUGUAUCUGUGGGCAUCGACCAUCAUUGCAUCUCGUGCGUUCACUGCCAAAGUGCUUGCCGGCGUCAUCCCCCUGCCGGAGCUCCCUGAAGAGAGGAUAUCAGUCCUUCUGCCCCUGAUAGACGCGACGAACCAUCGGCCUCUGGCCAAGGUCGAAUGGCAAGCGGGGAACGAGAGCAUCGGUCUUGCUGUGACGGAGGAUGUCAGGCCUGGCCAGGAAGUGGGAAAUAACUAUGGGCCGCGAAAUAACGAGCAGUUGAUGAUGAACUACGGCUUCUGCAUCCCUGACAACCCUUGCGAAUAUCGUGUCGUCAGCUUGAGAGCACCGCCCGGAAGUCCUUUAAGCGUGGCCAAGGCCAGAUACGAGGCUGAGUUCCCUGAUGCAAGCAACAAUGGUAAAACAGCAGAAGACAAAUACUACGUCUUCUCCGUCUCCUAUCCACUAGUCGAUCCGCACGCCCCUCUCGAGUUUUCCAUCUUCUCCCCCGAUCUGCUGCGGGCUGUCUCUGUCAUUGCCGCGAACGAGCGGGAACUGGAGACGCUGGAGGUUACGCGCGAGGAAGGCUUCCACAUCCCGCUGGAGCACUACGGGAAUACUCGCAACCUGUUCGCGGCCCUGAACCAGAUCCUCCUCGAGCUGGUUUCGCAUAUCCAGAAACUGCACCUGUCAGGCCGCGACCUGCCGUCGUCGCCGAAGAACCUGAAGCAACUUCAUUCAAAGAUCUACCGAGACAGCCAGAUCCAGCUGAGCAAGACGGCGAUCAUUUUCGCGUAUUGGACACUCAGCCUUGCUCGAAGGGGGGCCGAAGAAGAAGAAAAGGCGAACCUUCUCAACUCAUUCCUGUCUCGAAUAACAGGAAUAUUCACCACCGAAACAAUUGAGCAGAUCCGGUCGAAGAUCCUAGACAGGGAAUCCCUCCUGACGAAAAUCAAAGGCAAACAUGUCCCGAAAGAGCUCUUCCAAUUCAGGGAGUUGUUCAACCUCCUACCCGUGGAGAUGCAGCAGCCCGCAGAAAUCUGUCUUCGGACGAUCAUUUCUGAAGCCAAGCGCGCCAUUGCCAUCAGCAGCGAUAAUGAUGGCCCAUCCUCUGGCGAUGAAGAGGAAGGGAACGGACCGCACAGCAUCCUUUCUUUUGCGACAUUCAUCUGUUUCGUCGUCGCCGCUUAUCGAAAAGCCAAUGACAACAACCAGCUCUUGUCACUGUCACCCCGCCUGACAAAAUGGUGCCAGUUCCUGCUCGAGAGAUACCCCCCUCCCCCGGCCGACGUGACCUGGGUUCUGCCCGACGAAGACGACGAGGCUUUCCUACAGGCGUUUGACCAGGCAGUCGUCGAAAGUCAUCUCCAGGACUCUUCUUCUUCCUCGACUCAGCUCUUCUCCCCCGUGGCGCAUCUCGUUGGUGACGCGCCUGACCGUACCCAGGACGAUAAAGAGGAUGAUGAAGGAGAAGGAGAAGACUGGUGGCUAUCACCAAACUGGCUGCGCUGGGCAUGGCUAGUCCUCGAGCAGGAGACGGUGAUGAACAUGGUAGAUGAUCCGGUGAGGUAUCUCAUCAACAUGGACUACAACAACGACAACAACAAAGGCGCAGGGAAGCAGCCUGGUCCUGGUCCUGGUCCAACAGGGUUUUCCUUUUCGACGAAGAAUUUCUUGUAUAUUCCUCAGAUCAAUUCAUCCGUCUAUCUAGGCCUAGACGAGCUGAUGGAUUGCAGCGAAGCAAAUCAAUUGGGCAAGCUUCUGCUCAACCUCACCUCACCAGACCAGCCCAGACCACACUUCCCACAGAACGCAUCACAAGCUCACACCAGGGGUCCUCCCUCCCAGGACCCUCGCUGGUGCUACGAAAACCCCUACUUUGCUUUUGGCGGGUAG